AUGGCAAAAUCAUACUCAAAGUCUGAAUUUCAUAAUUUAAUGGAGAAAGUGGAGAAAGUUGAUGUUAGGGUGAAGAAUUACUUGGAGUUGGCGGAAUACGAUAAGUGGGCUAGGUCAUAUGCAACAGUUCAUAGAGGAUGGACCUUAACAUCAAAUAUUGCAGAGUCAAUUAAUGCUGCACUGGUAUCAGCUAGAGAACUUCCAAUACAUGAUUUUUUAGAGGAAGUUAGAUUGAUGUUUGGUAGAUGGAACUGUGAAAACAGACAUGAGGCAUUGUACACACGCACGGAUCUUAUUGGAAAAUUUCAAACAAUUCUCCAACAGAAUGAAGUAAAGUGUACACGUAUGAAGGUUAUACCAGCGUCAGAGUACGUCUACUAUCUAUGA